AGGAGGAGGAGCCUCCUGGGAAGCCUUCCUUGUCUGAAGACUUUGGGGAAGCAGCGGCAGGAGCAGCGUUGCUCGCGGGUGGACGGGCUUCUUCCCAUGCUGCUGCCUGGGCUGCCCUUGGGCCACGCGGCGGGAGGGCUGAGCAUGAGCCGCGGCGCCUGAGCGAGAGAGAGAAGGAGAGGGAGAAGGGAGGAUGCUGCUCUCGCUGGUGCUGCACACGUACUCCAUGCGCUACGUGCUUCCCGCGGCGAUGAUGCUGGGCGCCGCGCCCACCUACGUGCUGGCCUGGGGGGCCUGGCGCCUCCUGGCCGCCCUCCUCCUCCCCGCCCGCCUCUACCACCGCGUCGACGACCGCCUCUACACCCUCUACCAGAGCAUGGUGCUCUUCUUCUUCGAGAACUACACCGGAGUCCAGAUAUUUAUAUAUGGUGAUUUGCCAAAAACUAAAGAGAAUGUGAUAUAUAUAUCAAACCACCAGUGUACAGUUGACUGGAUUGUAGCAGACAUGUUGGCCAUCAGACAAAAUGCUCUUGGACAUGUUCGAUACGUUUUGAAAGAUGGGCUAAAAUGGCUUCCUUUGUACGGGUGGUAUUUUUCUCAGCAUGGCGGAGUCUAUGUGAAACGAAGUGCCAAAUUUAAUGAGAAGACAAUGAGAAACAAGUUAGAAGCCCAGAUGAAAGUUAAUACUCCGAUGUACCUUGUGAUUUUUCCAGAGGGAACACGUUACAAUCCAGAAUUCCCAAAAGUCAUAGCAGAUAGUCAAGCCUAUGCUGAUAAGGAAGGUCUUGCAGUCUUGCAACAUGUUCUGACACCGCGAGUGAAGGCUACCCAUGUUGCUCUAAAUUUGAUGAAGGAUUAUUUGGAUGCAGUUUAUGAUGUUACAGUAGCAUAUGAAGGCACCGUGGACCAUAAUGGGAAAAGGAAAGAGGCACCAUCCAUGACAGAUUUCCUUUGCAAGGAGUGCCCAAGAAUCCAUAUUUAUGUUGAUCGAAUUGAAAUAAAGGAUAUUCCAGAAGAACAGAUGUAUAUGAGGAGAUGGCUUCAUGAACGUUUUGAAAUCAAGGAUAAGCUGCUAAUAGACUUCUAUGAUGUGAAAGAUCCUAAAAGGAGAAACAAGUUCCCUGGGAAAUGUGUUUAUUCCAAGCUCAGUCUCAAGAAAACUUUACCAUCCUUCUUGUUCUUAAGCGGCCUGACUGUUAGUAUGCUACUGACAGAAUCUGGACGGAAACUUUACGUGAAAACGUGGAUCUAUGGGACUUUAUUAGGCUGUCUGUGGGUCAGUAUAAAAGCGUAAGAAGAUCCUGCGCCUACAGUCCUGUCUUGCACAUUGUGUCGAACUCUCCUGGAUUUAUAUUAAAGAAAUGUAAAUAAAGCCUUAUUAAUGCAACACUGGAUUAUGUGAGACUUGUGACCUAAAUCAGUAAUGGUCAGUGCAGAGAAUAUAUAUGUCUAUGUAAUUAUGUUGCAGAAAUUUGAGGAAAAAGCAGAUAAGCAAACGUUUGUCUGCAUUUUUCUUCCAUGAAUGGAUCUCUAUCUGCCCAUGGUUUAAAAAAGAGUAUGUGUCCAUAGAUGUAUAGCUUAAGUGGGCCAGUGAAUGUAUUUACUCAUAUUUUAUGCUUAUGUAUUUAUUUCUGACCAGUUUUUCUUCUUUAGUUCACUUCAGCAAAUUUUAUAUCACCGUCGCAUCACAAACUAAAAACCAAAGCCUAAUGUGUUAUUUUUCCUCUUUUAAUCUAGAUAUGUUUCUCAAAUUUGUAAAGAGAUUAUUGGAGCGUGACAACUCUAUAGAAAAAGAGGAAAGCGAAUUGUUUGUGAGGGAAUGGAUUUAGCAAAUGAAUGAAAUAUUGCUUGUAUUAUUUUGCAUUAUGAUCUUGGUUUAACUGCUUCAUGUCUCAUUAUACACACAAACUGCUUUUUAAUUGUAUUGUCGAAGGCUUCCAUGGCUGGAAUCACUGGGUUGUUGUAGGUUUUUUCGGACUAUUUGGCCAUGAUUUAGAAGCCUUCUCUCCUGGCAUUUUGCCUGCAUCUAUGGCAGGCAUCCUCAGAGGUUGUGAGGUCUAUGGCAAGCAUCCUCAGAAGUUGUGAGACCUCACAACCUCUGAGGAUGCUUGCCAUAGAUGCAGGCGAAACGUCAGGAGAGAAUGCUUCUAGGACAUGGCCGUAUAGCCCGACAAACCUACCAUAACCCAGUCCUUUUGAACUGUUUUGUUUUUCAAUCAAGUGCCCUGUGUUGGUGCAGAUGUGAUUAUAUGAAGUGUGUGCAAAUUGGGACUAACCUACCUAUGCUAGAUUUCCAGAAAUGUUUUGGAGCGCUUGGGCUGAGCUAUUGUGAGUGCCAUAAAACAGCAGUAAACAUUCCAAAGUUUCCUGUUACCUCGGGACUACUUCACACAGGAUGUUUUGCCUUCGUGGAAGCUAUCCCUGUGUCAACAGGGAAAGCAUGUACAGCAACUCACUUGUGAAUACAGAUGGAUAUGUUUCUGUGACUGUACCAACUGGAAAAUAAGUGUUUGGGGAAAGUGGGCGAUGGGGGGGGGGGGGGACCAUUUUGAAAUGACUCUGAGUCAUAUGGAAUUCAACGAAUGUGAACUGCGGUGAACAAUAUAUUAUGGUAACAAGAAACAUCCACGUGUUCUUGCCAAAACAUAAAAGUAUGUGCCUUUGUCUAUUGAUAUUUGAACUUAAUAUACUACUUCACAAUACAAUCAUUAGCUUAGUAAAGAGUAAAUUUCUUGGGAGGAGUAUUUCCAAAGCUUUUGCGGUUAGCGUGCAGUUCUGAUGAACUGAGAAAAAAAAUCGAAUUUGCACUAAUAUGCAAUUUGCACUGUAGCAUAUUUGUGAGAGGUGCACACUCUUAAUAGUAUUUCACCUGCUCAAAACCUAUUCUGGUCACUCUUUGGUAAUAUAUUAGAAAACUAUUUCCUGAUGUUGAGGGACUACGUAUUCUGUACCAAGUCAGGGAAUGGUUUCUGUUUCAUAGUCAAUAUUUUGUAAUACAACAAGAGAUCAAGGUUUCACUUGGGUAAAAAUUAGAGGCAGAUUUUGGGUUUCUGUAUUUUUCAUAUCCAGUUUCUGUUGGCUUUAAUGGGGCUUGAAUUGUUUUCUUAAGACCCAACAUGAAUUAAAAUGGCUGUGUCUUAGAUUUUUACAAUAUUAAAUGUGUUUGCCUCUAACUGUAA